AACAGCAGACAUUGCGGUGUGACCAAUCAACAUUCGCUUAGCGCACAAGCGCGACCUUCUCACCACCCUACAAAUAUCCACUGGGAUUAUUCAUACAGUUUCACCACCUUCACCACCAGGGAUUGCAGACGACCUCAUUUUAUUGUGAAAAAUCUCAUUAUUAAUCAGGCAGCAGAUAACUAAAUUUAGCAUACAUUCCUUUUCUUGCAAUGACUUAAAACUAAGAAGAGUAAAGAAGUGAUAACCAUUAUAGUCGACUAGAAUAAACAAAUAAAAUCGGUAACUAAUACAGAAUCCAAGUUCUACCACUUUACAAGUUACGUAAAAACUGACCACAAACCACAAAAGAGGACAACAAGGUCAACUUUGACGAUGCUUUGUGCUUGAACUUGAAGAUAAAAACGCAGCCGGCUCAGGUGCCACAUUUCAACUGUAUAGUCCUCUUCUUGCUGUGUUACAACUUUUACGCGCCGUUGUCCUGCAUCAUGACUCAAAGAUCUUGUGCUGUAUAUGGAGUUGGGAUUGUCUGCGCUCAUCUGCUGUUCAUCGGGAUUGGUUUAUUUGUGGCUCAAGUAUUUCAAACUGUAAUACAUAACCGGUUAAAAAAGGAGUUAACUCUGACAGAGGGCAGCCGUGUGUUUGAAACAUGGAAGAACCCUCCUCCUCCCAUCUUCAUGCAGUACUUCUUUUUUAACGUCACCAACCCAGACGAGUUCCUGGCUGGAGCCAAGCCUUUCGUCUCUCAGGUUGGCCCUUACACAUACAGGGAGUACAGGCCCAAGGAGAAUGUGACCUUUUUAGAGAAUGGGACAAGGGUCGCUGCCUACCAAUGCAAGACCUUUGUGUUUCUGCCAGAGAGGUCAGUGGGUGAUCCUGACAUAGACAUGAUCACAACCAUCAACAUCCCAGCUGUGGCUGUGAUGAACAAGGUAAAGGAUAGCUUCUGGAAGAGUUCUUUGGUGUCUAUCUGGAUGAACUCCUUGCAUGUGGGCAUGUUCAUGACGCACUCCGUCAAUGAGCUUUUGUGGGGCUUCAAGGACCCUCUGCUGUCCCGCAUACACCCCAUGAACCCUGAGAUCGACGAGUACUUUGGCCUCAUGUAUAAGAAAAAUGGAAGCAAUGAUGGUGAAGUUGUUUACCAUACCGGGGAGGCAGACUUCAUGGACUAUGGCAGGAUAGCCAGAUUUAAAGGAGAAAGCAAACUGAGUCUGUGGACAUCUGAGCAGAGUAACAUGAUCAACGGUACAGAUGGCAGUGCCUUCCACCCCUUGCUGUCCAAGAAGGAGAGACUGUACAUCUUCAGUCCUGACCUGUGCAGGUCCAUCUUCAUGGAGUUUGAGAAGGAUGUGGAGGUGAAGGGACUCCCAGCAUAUCGUUUCACCCCUCCUCGUGACGUGCUGGCCAGCAAGGAGGAGAACCCAGCCAACAAAGGCUUCUGUGUCUCCCCCAAAGAGUGCCUGGGUAGUGGAGUACUCAAAGUCAGCGUGUGUAAAAAAGGUGCUCCAGUGGUUGUGUCUUUCCCUCAUUUCUACCUGGGCGAAGAAAAGUACACUAACGCCAUUGAAGGACUGAGUCCUGUGAGAGAGCACCACCAGACCUACCUGGACCUGAACCCGACCACUGGUGUUCCUAUCCGUGCCAGUAAGAAGGCUCAGAUCAAUAUCCUCAUCAACAGAAUCUCUGGCUUCCCGAAAACCAAACCCCUGAAUGAGACUAUCUUCCCUGUCAUGUUUAUCAAUGAGACGGUGGUGAUAGACGACGCGUCGGCUGCGAAGCUCCAAAAGCUGUUGCUGAUGGUGACAAUGGUGGCCAACUUCCCUCUCAUCAUUGUUGGUCUGGGGGUCUUGCUGCUGCUGGUGUUCAUCUGCCUCAUCGUCUGUGAACGCAAACUGAAGAUGACAACAAAGGAGGACACAUCUUAUUCUCCUGUGAGCAACAAGGAGGGUGACGAAAAAAAUGUCAGCACCUACAUUGGCAUGACUCCAAUUAUUGAAAAGUCUUGAGGAGGGAAUGGGACGUUUUUGUUGUUGUUGAGAUUCACAGAUCUUCUGUGUGUGAGAUGCUGUUCAGAGUUGAAUUGUUGCCUUUCUGUGCCUCAAAGUUAUAGUCUUGAUCAAUGUGACACAAGUUACACUAUUAUUGUGAUAUCUCCCAAUUUGUUUGUUUGUUUGGAUCUUGUUUAACCCACAAUGGAGGCUAUUCUUCCAAGAGUCCCUGUAAUAUUGGUUGAUAAUACACGUGACCCUUUGA